AUGGCGGCGUACAGGCGUGCAGGACUUGUUCGGACUCUGUGUUCACGUGUAACAGGAGUAAGAACUCCAGCUUGCAGUUAUUACCAUAGAGCUGCACUCACUAAACCAGGUCAAUGUCAAACCAGGGUAUUACCAAAAUUUCCCGUGUCCAUAUUUGUGAGAAACAUGUUUAUUCAGACCCAAGACACGCCAAACCCAAACAGUCUGAAGUUUCUCCCUGGUCGGAUGGUGCUGGAAUCAGGAACCAUGGACUUUGUUGCUCCUAGGGAUGCUUAUUGUUCUCCACUUGCCAGGCAACUGUUUAGAAUUGAUGGAGUCAAAAGUGUCUUUCUGGGCCCUGACUUUAUAACUAUCACAAAGACGGAUUCACUUGUUGAGUGGAAGGUGAUUAAACCAGAUGUUUUCGCCACCAUUAUGGAUUUCUUCACAUCAGGACUUCCGGUCGUCAAUGAGGACGCCUCUCCACGUGCAGACACAGCUCCCUCAGAUGAUGAUGAUGAGGUGGUUGCUAUCAUCAAAGAGCUGCUGGACACACGAAUCAGGCCCACGGUGCAGGAGGAUGGAGGUGAUGUGCUCUAUAAGGGCUUUGAAGAUGGCAUUGUGAAGCUGAAGCUCCAGGGUUCAUGCACUAGCUGUCCCAGCUCCAUUGUCACUCUAAAGACCGGAAUUCAAAACAUGCUACAGUUCUACGUCCCUGAGGUGGAGGGGGUGGAGCAGGUGAAGGAUGAAGACGAGGCAGUGGAAAAGAAGCAAUAAGUGAUAUGCCUAAGUGAAUCUGUAAAUUAAAUUCCUGUCUGUUGUUACCCAGAAGCUUUUUUUAAAGUCGUUCUACAGCUCAGCCUAAAGCUUAUAUGGGUGAAUAUGGGUACAGAGUACCUGAUCACUCUGAAAAUAGCCCUAAAACAGAAAUAACAUUUCAUUUAUGAUUACAUUUGCAGCAAAGCCCAGUGUGUAAAUAGUGUUUUACUUGCAAGUGUUAAUAUUAUGAUGAUGUCUACAGUGAGAGAAAACAGAGAGUCCACUUUUUUGUUAUUUAUUAUACUUCCACAGGCGCUUGGGUGGUACUGUGGUAAAUUACACUAUACCACUAUUACUGGGAUCCUGGGGUAACAAUCCCCACUGGUUCUUACAGAUAUGACUAGCUGGGGUGUGUUACUGCACUGCAUCCUGAAUUUCCAGUUCCCAAUUGUAAAUCAGCAACCCCCGAUCUGACCAGGAAGAGCCAGAUCACCACACCCCCCUCAUCAGACACGUGUCCAAUCUGUAGUCAUUGCUUAGUGUUUACAGUGUAACUGUUUUUCCUGCUGCCUUCAGGUCAUCCUCCAAGUCCUUAUGAGUGGCUGAUGGCUUCUCUUUUAAAUUCUCUUUCAUUAGUCUGAGAGCAUGUGAAAGUUUGUGUUUUGCAACUGUCCAGUGACGAAUUAUGGUUUUAAUACAUUUUUCAUAAAUGUUUCUUUUACUGCACUAUUUUUGCCAAAUACCUAAAUAAAAUAAAUGCCAGUUUUUAGUUCCUGCUGCAGUUCAUGAUGCAUAAAUAUAUUAGAAUGUAUGUUUGUGUGAUACAUUGUCAUUAA